CACCGGCUCCACAGGAGAAAGCCAACCGGCCUGGAGCCAUGGACCUGGUUGUCACGGAGGAGCUGGCCCGCGCCGAGAGCCAGCAGGAUGCUGCCUCCCUGAAGAGGGCCUAUGAACUGAUCAAGUCUGCCAACCUGGGGAAGUCGGAGUUUGACCCCACAGAAAGCUUCAGCCCGGACCUGUUUGUUCUGUGUGCCGAGCAGGCCCUGAAGAUGGGGCAACCAGCGGUGAGCGAGGACUGCAUCCAGAUGUACUUCAAGGUGAAGGGGCCGGUCACCCAGUUUCUGGGCCGAGCGCACCUGUGCAGGGCCCAGCUGUGUGCCCCCAAGUCCACCGAAAACUUGGAGGAAUUUGAAAAUUGUGUGACUCAGUAUAUGAAGGCCAUCAACUUUGCCAAAGGGGAACCGAGGUAUUACUUCUUGGUGUACAACGCUUCAGUCCUCUACUGGCAGAUGGUGAGGCCAUUUCUCAAGCCUGGAUAUCAUCACCACCUGAUCCCCAGCUUCUCCCAAAUUGUGACUGUGCUGAAUCAGACGGAGGAAGAAGACAAGGACUGGCGGGCGGAGCUGAUGCUGGAGCUUCUGGAGUGUUAUCUUCAGGCUGGAAAAAAGGAGGAGGCCGCUAAGUUUUGCGCCACUGCAGCACCGUUCAUAAAAGCUAACGUGCCACAGAAAUAUCGACAAAUAUUUUCUGUUAUGGUGCAGCAUGAAUUAAUGGACGAGCUUCAGUUAAAGGAAGAAAAGAAAACUUCCAUUAGCCUGUCUGUCACUUUCCACAUUAAUAUGCUGAAAGCAAAACUGGAUAAAAAUGAUUUACCUGAAGACGUCAACAAAAUUCUGAAGGAGACCUAUGACCAUUUAGGUUCUUACGGUCACCAGCAGCUCCCUUCAAUCAGAGACGAAAAAAUUCUUUUGCUGUUUGAAUUGGCACAUCUUUCUUUGAUCUUGAAAUGCGAGGAGGUCUCCUCUGACUGCCUCUCAGACUUGAAGAAAAUUGACAGCAAAGAUCCUGGGAAGCUAAUUGAAAUCGAAUGCCUGGAGUGUGAAUUAGAAGCUUUAAGACUUGAAAAUAAAGUUAAACUCUACGUCCGAGCAGCUGUGGAGACCCAGCUGAAUAUAAUACAGAGACUUGACAUCGUGCUCCAGCGAGCCAUCCGCCUGGGUGACCCCCAGGUCAUCCAAGUGGUUUGUACCACCCAGUGGAACAUGUGUCUCCCUUUGCUGCAGCACAACCUGAGGCACCACCUGCGGAAGCCGCUGACCAGCAUUGUGGAGAUCUUGGAGAAGGUGGACAGCCUCAUGGUCCUGCUCCGCUGCCAAGCACACAUGGAGAUGGCCUGCAUCGAGGAGGAUGAGGACCGGCUGGAGCCUGCCAUGGAGCACCUGCAGAAGGCCAUGCGCCUGGACAGCCUGGGCCUCUACCAGGACAAUCUUUGGAUCGCCUUCAACCGGCUGCACCUGUGCACCAUGCUGUACCAGUCCCCCGAGCGCCCCGAGGAUAAAGCCACCAUGGCCAUUGAGCAGGCAAAAAAAGCUAUCCCGAAAGACAGUGUCAGGAAGAAGCGGGCUCUCCUGGUGAACGCGGGCCUGGCCCUUGCCCCUGACGCUUUCCAAAUUGUUCUCGACAGUGAGAAUGAGGCCAAGGUUUCCACAGGGAAGAACAGGGGCCGGUUCACCUACCUCUCCUCGAAGGCGCGGCACCACAUUGUCAGCGUGGACAAGGCCACCGGGCACCUGCGGCGUUUGGGGAAUGAGAACGACAAGGAGCGAAUUCAGAUUUGGGCUGAGCUUGCCAAAGUUGCCCGGAAGCAAGGCGUGUGGGACGUUUGCCGGGCAGCAAGCCGCUUCUGCCUCCUGUACGACAAAGUCAAGGUGAAGAAGCCGGUGAAGUGGAAAAGAGGAAAGAAGAAGAAAGGUGGAGACAGCUCGGUGCAGGAUACCUGGGGCCCAUCAGAGGCUGUCCUGCAGAGGCAGGCGUCCCCCAGCCUGCUGCGCAAGUUCGCGGAGGUGGGCUUCAUCUGCGCUGAGGCCACUGUCCACUUGCUGCGCUCAGAAGGCGUAGAGCUAAAUGACUGUCCCAGCCCCCCUGAGGACUUGAGCCAGCACGCGGCUGGCUACACACUCGAGUCCACAGAGGACAACGCAGAGUGGAUCAUGUACCGGAACUGGAUAGAGAGUCUGUCGCAGUACGCCAUGAGCAACUGGCUGCGGUCUGCCGAGAUUGGACAAGAGAUACGGGAGGCCUGGAUCGUGCAGAAUGCGGUGGUCUAUGUCCUGAAUCACAACCACCAUCUCAUCAUGGCCGGGCGACAGAAGGAGCUUGUGGAUGCCCUGUAUCACCUCCUGAGCAUCGUCAAGGCCAUGGGCCAUGGCGGGGACUCUGUGACGUUGGUGAUGCUGUGCAAUGCUUUGGCUCGAGGCUUGAUUAUCAACUGGAUUCCAACCCAGACUCCAGAAAAAUCUAGGAAACUUGUGCGACCAAACGUGUUUCAUGCAUUAGUGGACUCGGGAGCCAGCUCUGAAGUGAGAACCGCAGUGGAGGUCUGCGAGUUUGCACUGAAUCUGACCAACGGGUCGGUGCCCGAGGAGGCGGUGCCUGUCAACGCCCGGCAGCAGCUCAUCGCCACCUGGGUGAAGGGCAAGCAGCUGCUGCAGCAGCAGAUCGGGCCGCGGCUGGGCACAGACGAGCAGAGUACUAAUGAGGACAUCAACUCAGUGACCAGAGUCCUUGUCGCUCUGGAGAUGUACUCCUGCAACGGGCUGGGCCUCAUGGACUUCACCGUGCCCCCCUUGGCCCAGGUGGUGAAGAUGGCUUGCGAGUGCAGCUGGUCGGAUCCCCUGGUGGAGCUGCAGACCCUCACGCGCCUGACCCACUUCGCCUUCGCCGCCCAUGACCACGAGAUCACCAUGGCGUGUUCGCAGAAGGCCAUCCAGAUGGGCAUUAAGUGCCUGAGGAUGUCCAAUCCGGUGGAAGCUCAGCUGAUGGCUGAAAUGCUGAGCACCACAGCCUGCACGCAGGGCAGGAGCAUCCUGGAGAACCUGAGGGGGAGGAAGCAGCUGCGCCUGCCAGCCGCCAAGGCCUUCCUGGAGAGCGCGAGGUUUGGGGGCAUGGCGGGGAGCAGUGCCCUGGUGAUGCUGGCCGCCCGGCACUACUGGAACACCUGGCUCCCGCUGCUGUCCUCUGCGGGCAACAGGAAGAAAUGCAAGGGUGCCUUACAGAGGAUCAUCAGCAUCAUCAACAAGACAGAAGCGAAAAAGCAGGAAAAAGGGAAAACGCUCCUUCUGCACCAGUGGCCUACAGCGGACUUACAGAGUGGAGGGACUACUGAAGGUUAUUUUCUCCCAGGGACCGAGGAUGACCUGACUCUGCGCGCGGCGCUCUAUGGCCUGCUCUUCCACUGCCACGCUGACCACGCUGACUGGGAGGGAGGCCUCAAGGUGCUGGACGAGGCUCUGCAGGUGCUGCCGCGGACGGCGCACCGCCUCUUGAUUUUUAAGCAUAUGGUCAUUGUGAAGGCCAAACUUGGCCAGAAUUUUACAAUGGAGAUACAGAAAUUCAAAGACGAAAGUGAGGAUUAUUUGGCACACAUGUGGCACCGCCUGGCCUUGAACUCGAAGACCAUCUGUGGAGAGCUGACCUGCUAUCAUAAUGCAAUUCAGGCCUUACAGAAGCCAGAAAGUGACUGGCAGAAAAUUGACUAUAUCAUGGAAUUCAGCGAAUGGCUGUAUUACAAGCACUUUCCUAUUGAAGACGUGAUCUUCCACCUGAGGUCGGCAAUCGACAUGCUGCUGCUGAUGAAACCUGCCAGGGACACACCUGAGCCAGCAGAGGAACAUAGGUCCCCCCAGGCAACCUCAGAGAGCCCAGGCUCCGAGGACAGGGGGACAUUCUCCUUGGAAAGCCUGCGAAGUGUGCGGCAGUUAGAAACGCUGGCCCGUGCACACAUCCUGCUGGCCCUGAUGGUGUCCCCGAGUGCUGCCGGCUACCAGGACUACUGCCUCAUGGCCUACACCUUCCUCAGGCGCAUCUGGCAGGUUUCUUUAUUGACAGCAGGAAAGUCAAUUUUAGAAAAUAAAAUUCUAGCAGCAGCUAGUUCACGUUUGUCGUUGCCCAAAAAAGAGAAGGAGAAGGAGAAGAGCAAGGACAAGGACAGAGAGAAGGGCAGAGACCCAAAGCAGUAUCAAAUCCCAAGUCCUAGCAAACUGCCUGAAGCUUUGCCGGCAAGCAUAGAAGAAUGGGCUUCCUACUCCUGCCCUGAAGAAGUGGUGUCUGUGUUUAAACAAGAUAAAAGUGACUUUACUAUUAACCCAUCGAGUAUCCAGAAGCCAACGUACAGUUUAUAUUAUCUGGACCACUUGGUCAGGGCCCUGCAGAAGAUGUCCCUUGAUGAGCUCACAAUCCCAGUCCUGCAGAUGGGUGUAGUGAUUGCAGCCUCCGUGGUAGAAAGCAAGAGCCUCAAAGAUCUCUACCACCUUCGACUUGCCCUGGUCUGUUCCGAGUUGAAGCUGCGAGAAGCAGCUGCCUACCAUGAGGAAGUGGUCGGGCAGAUGUACCUUGGAGAGAUGGAGCAGGCGAGCUGCAGAAAAGAAAUUGCCUUGAAGAAGGAGAAAGACAAGGAACCACUAUUAGAAGAGAGUCUGCGAGCACUGAAUGAGGCCAUAACUGCAGUCCAGCAAGCAGAGAUGCAGCCCCUCAUGGCGAGGGAUAAGAUUUUGAAGAUAAACGAAGAGACGGGGAGAGGCCUGGAUGGAACAUCCUUUCCCCAGUUGUGGACCCUCAAAGCGGAGGUUCUACUUGAGAUGGACCUGUACCAGCCUGCAAGGCUGCUCCUGUCGGAGGCGUACCUGGCCUUCCAGGAGCUUGAGGAUCCUUGUGCAGAAUCAAACUGCCUGUAUCUUCUAGCACAGCUGGCAAACAAGGAGAGAAACUAUGGCCAAGCUAAGAAGCUGAUAGAGAGGGCUCAGCUCCUGGGGGGAGGUGAGGAGUUUUGGUACAAGUCGACGCUGACCCUGGCAGAUGCGCUCUUGUGCACGGAAAAGGAAGGAAGAGAAGUGGCGGUCUGCCACCUGUUUCAAAAACUCAUAGAUGCCUUCAAAGUUCUCAAGAAAGAAAGGCCUAACCGAUCGUCUGUGUUGGAAUUCAUGGCCGCAGACCUGGAAGCCAGGUCUGUGAGCCUCCGCAUCCAAGUCGCCCAGGAGCCAAUUGAGGGCGAACCUUCUGAUCGCGCGUUUCUGCUGAACCAGAUGGAUGACUACUUGUUGGAGAUUGAGAACAGGUUCAUCAGCUGUGGCUACCAAGAGCACUGUGUGGAUAUAAAGCUGGAGCGUGCAAAGAUAAAGAGGUUGUGCGCCCAAGACGAGAAAGACGAAGAGCAGAAAACUGUGUGCUACUUGGCCGCGUACCACUUGGCCCAGAGAGCCGUGGCGGAAGAAGAGCAACGAUUCCACAGUGUUCAGGGCUUGCUGUCCCUUCAAGACCUGCAGAACGUCAACACUCCACUGAUGAGGAAGCUGGCGCGCCUCAAACUCAGCCUCGUGGAGAUGUCUCUGGACAUGCUGCAGCUGAGCUGGGAGGACGCGCUGGAGAAGCAGCUGGAGCAGGGCUCCAUGGACAAGCUGCUGGCGGACUAUCUGCAGAGCACGAGCGACUACACGUCCAUCGGCUUGCAAUGGUUCACGCUGAAGCGAACCCUGGCCCACGUUGCGCUGGCGCAGCUGGGGAGCCUGCCAUCACUGUGUGUCGGAUGCGUGGAGAUCCGUGCCCGGGUCCUGGGCCUGGCCGGGAAGGCCCUCCGCCUGCUGGCUGUGCACGCAGACCCUGUGCGCCCUGCCUCCUACUGGGAGGAGAGUCUCUCAGCAGGUGCUGAGCCGAGCAGCCUCAAGGGUCUGGAGAUACUCCAGGAGGAGGGGGACGACGAGGAGCACAACAGCGACCUGCCGGCCUUCAGGACAGCCCCCGAGGAGCACAGCAGGAAAGGCUCAGAUCUGAAGAGGAGGAUGGCGCUGGCCCGGCGGUACCUGGCGCAGGCGUCUGAGGUGCUGCUGCAGUGCCUGCAGCUCUCCCUGGGCAGCAGCCUCCUGGACGUCGCAGCAGCCGCCAGCCUGGAGAUGGUGGAGUGCGUCGGCAGCCGGGACCCAGCGGCCGCCUGCCAGUUCCUGGUGUUGUCACAGAGCUGCUCGGCCUCGGCGAUGAUGCGGGAUGUCCUGCUCACGGCCACGGCCGACACCAGCAGCUCCCAGCUGGCGGCCCUGCUGCAGCUCGAGCACAGGCUGAAGCUCCAGGAGAGGACGUCCACCAGCCUGUUCACCAGUGUGGAGCAGAGGCUGGCUGCCAUCUCCAAGGCUUGGCAAAAUCUCUGCGUCACUGAGCAACACUUUAACCUCCUGAAUGAAAUUCCUCCUACUUUUCGGAUCCUCCUCCUACACCAUUCACAAGACGGGACCCAUCUGUACGGCGCUGCCUACGAGAGACCCAGGUUCAUCCCCGCAGCCAAAGGGAAGGUGGUCCAGGUCGGGGGCUCCUGCAAAGUGGCUCGGGUGGCUGUGAGUCCGGCCGCCUUUUCCUGCCUCUUGGCCGGGGCCCAGCAGUUCUGGGAGCAGACCCAGGCCGAAGUGUACAGUGAGGACAUGGCCCUGAGCUCAGGCUUGGAAACGGAAAGCGCGCACCUUGAAGGGGAGGGAAGCUCUGUGCAGAGACUCAGCGAUGACGUUCUGAAGCCCAUGGAGGAUUAUCUGAGGCCGCUCUUCCCGCUGCUCAGCUGCCCUGAAGCCGGAAUACAGGCCCCCACGAUUGUCGCGGAUUUGGGGAAAUCAAAGAGCAAAGACAAGGAGAGGAAGCCGUCCCUGCCCCAGGUUCAUCUCGAGGCUGCAGACAACAUCAUCCUCAUUGUGGACAGGCAUCUUUUGGAGCUGCCGCUAGAAGGUCUCUCUGUGUUCAGGGAAGGGACGGUCUCCUCUGUGUCACGAGAGUUUUCUCUCCAAAUGCUGUGGAAUCGCCUCCGUAAAGAGGAGACAGAAGGGAACAUGAAAAAGAAGGAUGGCAAAGGCAAAGAGCUAAAGAAGAGAAGUCCAGGAAAGAAGGGCUGGAAGGGCAGCACGCCCCGUGUCAUCCCCACUGACUGCAUCUUAGUCGCCUCAGACGACUUCAAGUUCAUCGUGGACCCCUAUGAGGAGGCCCAGGGCAUAGAGACGCUGACUCCUGUCUCCGUAACCCGGGAAAUUUUGGAAAGAUACCAAGACAUGUUCACUGCAAGAUGGGUGGGACAUCUGGGCAGCACACACUUUCCAAGCCAGGCUGAGUGGGAGCAGCUCCUGGACAGCUGCAGCGGCUUUUUCUUCUAUGGGAUGGAGAGCAUGCUGUCACACGUGUUAGUGGAAAGGCUGGCGGCCAUGAACUUACAAGAGUGCCAGAUGAUGGUCGUGCUGGACCUGACUCGGUCCUACGAGAGCAUGCGGCGGCAGCUGGAGGUCUCAGAGAACAAGAGUGCACCCCAGCUGUCCUUGGAGGGGCCUCUCAAGACUGCCAUCCUUCUGAGUCUGGUGGGGGUCAGGAGCAUCUUGGCGAACCAGUGGCCGACACUCCUGCAGGACAAUGCGCUGCGUGCCAGCAUCUUGUGGGAAAAUCUGUUGACACUCGGCAAGCCGGUCGGGAGAGCAGUCCGUCUCCUUCAGAAGAUGGAAGCCAGCGAAGUGGCCAACCACGGUGAGUCUCCGCAGACCUCCAGGGAGAAAUUCAUGUUCCGGCCACUGCCCCACGGCUCUAAGCUGCUCCCUGUUGCCCUCAACUUGGUCCUCUAUGGGCUGCCACACCUGGCCAUCGGCUGAUGGAGGCCUGGGCCCCGCCUCCCAACAGCCCUGCUUCACCGCCCUGGACACACUCCAUUCCCACCUACGGCUGUCCCUCCCAGUUCCUCAGGAGUUCCGGCCCUGGCCACGGCCCCAGCCCCUCCUCCAGUGCCUCCUGCAGGGCUGCACUACCCAGGUUCCCUCCACCCCUCCAGUUCUGCUCACGGCGGCGCCUGCCUCCAUCACCACUGUCAGGCCAGGACCCACCCAGGGUCUGGCCUGCUUUGUGGCUCCCCCCCUCCAGACCGCCUACCACCCAGCACCCACAGGACCCUCGUGGAGGGAGGAGAAUAUCUCUGGGGCUCAGAGGGGUGGGUGGGGUGAGGAAUGCAUCAGGGGUCAACCCCUAGCACCCUCCCCUGCCCUGUGCACCCAGGGUGGUCUCAAUCCAGGGGGGGGCCGGGUCCCCGUGGGGUGUUGGGACAGGGGUGGUCUCCACCUCCUACAAGGCUUCAGCAGCACGUGGGCCUCCACAGACAACUUCUGGCUGACGGCAGACUCCUUUCCCUGGGGACAAGGCUCCUGGUCCCUCAGGGGACAGCCCCUCUCAGAGUACAUCCCAGGCGCUCCUGCCCUGUCCUGAUCAGAAGCCAUGUCAGGACAGACUUGUUUUCAGUUGAGGUGCUUCAGUAAACAAUUGAAUCAGCCUCUGUGGUGGUGUGGUGCCUGUGCCCCGGGGCUCGGUCUGGAACCAGCGAUGGUUCUGGCUGCCACCCCUUCCUGCCCGCCGCAGGGACACCAGCACUUCCUUCAGCCUCCACAGAGGGAGCACGCUGAAAUGAGCCCCAGCCCUCCGCCUGGGGCCUUCCCCGGGGGCCCGCGUCCAGUAGAGGAGGCGUGUCCCCAGGGAAGGGGCAUGUCCUCCUUCCAGCCGGCUCUGCAGAGGCACGUGUGGCCACUGUAGGCUGUCCCUGAGGGCUGCACGGCCCUGCCCUCAGCCCAGGGCCUCCAGUCCGUGUGAGACUGCGGCCAGCGAGAUGGGAGGGAGAGACAGGCCAGCCAAGCUCCAGCACCACUGGGUGUCAGCCGGUCCUGUGCAUUCCCGCCACCAGGGCUCAGGCUGGGGCUGUGUCUUCAGCCUGGGACCCAACACACCACGACAAGUGGAGAGAGCCGCCACAGGGUGACGUGAGCCUUGUGGGGCUGGCUCCAUGGUGCAGCCUGGCGGUUCUGCCUGCUGUGCUCCGCAGGAGGCCCGACUCUCCUGGCUCUGUGCCCAUGUCCCUCAGCGUCCGAAGAGACGCCCCGGGGGGACUCGAGGGCAUAGAAGGGCAGGAUUGUGCUCCUCCAGAACACUCCAGGCUGUGGAGCCCCCGCCCAGGGCAGUGCCCACCCUCUGACCCCCUUGCUGGCCCCUCUGACUCUGGGCACCGUUCUCCCACUGUGGGGACUGCAUGUCCAUGGGGCCCAGCAGAAUUUGAGCGGGGCACCCACUCUCUCCAAAUGCCUCUUGGCUGAGUGGCCAGCCCUGGACUUUGCUGGCCCUGAUGUCCCCAGCACCCGGCAGUUCCUGGGGCCCUGAAGGGGCCUGUGCAGGGAGAGGGCCUCACUGGGGGAGGAGCCUGUGGUGCUGUUUCCCAGGCAGACCCACCUCCUGCCGGGCUCUGGGGGUCUGGUGGCGCUGGGCUGUGGAUAUUUAAGAAAACACCCCACUCACCCCUCCCUAGGGGCUGCAGGCUGGGCCCUGGGAGACCCUGGGGUGCCAGACCAGUUCUGCAUCUUGAUUGUGUCAGUGACACCAAUCUAUAUGUGGGGUGACAUGUCACAGCUUACACACACACACAAACACCGGUGCAGACACCUGUAAGAAGCAGUGAAAAGGGAAUGUGGCCACAGCGUGCCCAGGGCUGCACCAGCCUCAGCUCCUGGCAGCUGUUUCUGACAUUGCCCCGGGGAAGCUACAUGCAGGGCCAGCCCUGCCUGUACUGUCUGCAACUUCCUGUGAAUCUGUAAUUAAUUCAACAGAAAAGAUAAAGAAAAAGCUCAUCUUUGGUAAUCUUGAAAGGUGGUGAGUCCCAUCUUUUCUGUUUGAUUUUUCCUUUUUUCAAAUAUAUACACAUGUUCCAGUUUUUUAAAAAAAAGCUAACUAAUGACCAGGGAAUAAAUUCAAAUCAGAGCAGCACUAAAAAUAUGAGCUUUCUUCUAGAAAGAUGUUGGCACCCACCCA